AUGUCGCGCUCUCCCUCUCCAGCCGCAUUUGUUCAAUCGUCGCCGAGUACUUCAAUAAAAUCGUCCCGCUAUACUUUCCGGCAUCUUCAUCUUCUUCGCCAAAACUCUCCAUCGAGCCCUCUCAGGGUCAUCGCUCACAUCGAUCUCGAUGCCUUCUACGCCCAAUGUGAGAUGGUUCGCCUGGGAACCCCGCGCGAUACACCCCUAGCCGUUCAACAAUGGGAAUCACUCAUUGCAAUUAAUUAUGCCGCACGUCCGUUUGGAAUUACUCGCAUGCUAUCAGCUACAGAGGCGAAGAAAAGAUGUCCAGAAUUAGUCCUGCAACAUGUCGCGACCUUCCGAGAAGGUGAGGGGGGAACAUGGGCUUACCGUGAUGAUGCUUCGAAGAGAAUCAAGACAGACAAGGUAUCCCUCGAUCCGUAUCGAGCGCAAUCACGUAAGAUCCUGAGUACGAUUAAGGAAGAAGUUUCGCGACAAAGGGAUCAGAUUCUUAAUUCCAAGGACGUUGUUCCGUUGGAAUUCCAGGGUGCAAAAGUUGAAAAGGCAUCUAUUGAUGAGGUCUUUAUUGAUCUAUCAUCACUAGUGUAUGCCAUUCUGUACCAACGCUAUCCUGAGCUGAGAAAACCGCACUCGACGUCUGAUAAAACAACUCGCCUACCCUCGCCUCCGACGACAGCGCUGGAAUGGUCCUCAGAAGACGGCUUAGUUGAUCUGGACGAACAGGAAACUGAGGAAGAUGAUCCUGACUGGGACGAUGUUGCGAUGUUGAUUGGUGCCGAGAUCAUUCGGUCAAUCCGCUCUGCCAUUUGGGACAAAUUGAGUUACACGUGCUCUGCUGGUAUCGCUCGCAACAAAAUGAUGUCCAAACUGGGAAGCGCACAGAACAAACCUAAUAAGCAAACAAUCAUUCGCAAUCGUGCCAUCCAGAACUUCUUAGGGGGAUUCCAGUUCACUAGAAUCCGGAUGCUUGGAGGGAAGCUAGGAGAGCAGAUUAGGGCCGAGUUUGGAACUGAACAGGUCAAGGAACUGUUGAAUAUAUCUGUCGAGCAGUUCAAAGCUAAAUUAGACGACGACACUGCCGUUUGGCUGUACAAUAUCAUUCGAGGGAUUGAUGACAGCGAAGUCAACACUAGGACGCAGAUCAAAUCCAUGCUCUCGGCCAAGUCUUUUCGUCCUAGCAUCAACUCGGCGGACCAGGCACGAAAAUGGCUGCGAAUAUUCGCAGCAGACCUUUACAACAGUCUACAUCAUCGGAUAGGCUCGCAGGUACAUUCAAAGACAUCGCCAAUUCGUGGCGGAAAGAUGAUUACAGAGGAUAUUCUGUAUGAUCUCUCGAAUAACUUGUUAAAUCAAGUCGUUGCAGAAGCACGCGCAUGGCCAUGUGCAAAUCUAUCUGUCAACGUGACUGGGUUUGAGGAAGGUCCUGUCAACAAUAGAGCCAUUAAUAGCUUCUUCAGCCCGGGUCAGAGCAACCCAUUCACGGAGUCAUCCCUUACGAAAAUGGUCAGUGACUCGUUGGAAGAUCGAGAUAGGCCGGCAAAAGUGAGAAAAGUCGCAGCCAAGGGGAUAGGUGAAUUCUUCAAAAGAGACUCAACAUCUUUGGUCAGUUCAGAUGGGAACAAUCAGUCACCUUCAGCAUUUCCAGCUCAUAACAUGCCAAUUACGAACAGCCAGUACAGUCACCAUACACCCAACGUUUCAGAAACACAGGGAGAAUUUCCUGGUCAGCUUUAUAGCCUAUUCACUUGCUCUCGAUGUAAUGAAGAAAUGUCAGAAGACCAACGCGAGGAGCACGACGACUGGCAUUUUGCCAAAGACCUCGAAGCCCAAGAGUUACGAGCAGAUCAGACCUCACGCAACAUUGCUGAACAAUCAUCUAGGCGCAGAAUGCUGGAUCGCAAAAAGACAGGGCCUGGCCGGCCACGGGUAUUUGCUUCUGGGCCCGAGAAGGGCCAGAAACGACUUUUCUUUGGAUAG